AUGGCUACAGGAUUGGAGGCUGUUGGCGCCGCUAGCGCUAUCUUGACAUUCAUAACCUUUGCCGGCAAGAUUGUAGCCAUCAGUUACAGAAUCUAUGAGGGUAUUCCUACCGAUGAGGAUGAGCUUGAGGAUUAUGCUGGGCGAAUGUUGGACGCGUCCGAACGGAUUCGAUCCAGAAACCAACAGCUGCAUCAGGUCACGCCGGCUGAAGUCAAACUAUCUGAACUCGCUGCAAAAUGUGUCAAGCUAGCCGGAGACCUCCAAAAAGAAAGUCAAAUCAUUACUAGGCGGUAUCAAAAGGGCAAGUUCCGCCGAGCCGUCUCCAUGGCACUUCGCGCAAACGCACACAAAUCAAAGAUGAAGGAAUUGGAACAAUCGCUGGAAAGGUACAAGAAAGUCAUGGAGACAGAAUUACUUUUCAAAAUAUGUGACAAGAGUGCGGCGAUAGAGAGACAACAAAGUCAGGCAUUCGCUAAACUCGAACACGACGUCCAAGUCCUUAUCUCCAAUAUCGCCAGUGGUCAGACGAAGAUCGAGAACCUUGUUGCAGAGGAAGCCCAGAAAACGCGGGAAGUGCUUAGCAUAAACAUUGCUACGCAGAUUAAAGCUUCCGAAACGAGGGUGGUUACAGACACUCAGAGACAGCGGCUACUGAAGAGCCUCAAACCAGCACAAAUACGAAUGAGAUACAACGACGUGAUGUCUCCAUCGGAUGCUUCUUUCGAGAGGGUUUUUGCGUCCUACGAGAGGGUCUGCCGACAGGAUCCUGGGCACAAAGACUGGAGAAAGAUCAUGAAGGGUUUCUUGAUUGGAAUUCCGGACAGAAUAGAAGAUGGUGUCAAUGUCGGCAAAAUCGACUGCAUCUGGGAAUCUUUCAGCUCAUGGCUCCAGUCAGACGAUCGUUUAUUUUGGAUCCAAGGGAAACCAGGAUCUGGCAAAAGCACGCUAAUGAAAUUCAUUAUCGAAAACGACAAUACGAAAUGUCUGUUGAGUUCGUGGCGUCCGAAUACGAGGAUCAUAUCCUACUUUCUGUGGAAAAUAGGACAAGAAUCCCAGAACAGUAUCAAGGGUCUGUUGUGCUGUUUACUGCACGAUCUUCUCGACGGCGACGACCAGAUGGUAGACAAAGUAUUGGACCAUUUUUCAUUCUCGGGAUUGAGAGACUUUUAUCAGGAAUGGUCAAGUGAAGAAGCUGAAAAGGUCCUCUUCUUCCUUUUGUACAGUGGAUCGUGCUCGACCUGCAUCUUCAUCGAUGGCCUUGAUGAAAUCUCCGACAAAGAUGGCUUUGAAUCACUUAUACGUGUCCUGCAGAGGAUAUGGAAGAUCCCUAGGGUAAAGGUUUGCGUCUCAAGUCGACUUGAGACAGGGCUGAUUAGGAGGCUUGAAGCAGCGGGGCCUCAGAAACUGCGUCUACAUGAUCUUACCAGACCCGAGAUGACCGUCUACAUCCAGAAACAGCUGGCAGAAUAUUCAGAGGGGUUAAUCUCCACCUCUAAACUUCAAAAAAUGAUCACCCUACUGCUCGAGAAGGCAGAAGGAGUUUUCCUCUAG